GGAGGCUUAUCCGGCGAGGAAAUUCCAAACGUCGGCGUCCUGUUCAGAGUAACUGAAAAUGGUUUUUAAAAGAAGCAUACGACGUCGUUUUAGGGUUUUCCUCUCUGUUAAGCCAAUUGCGCCCUUGCAAUUGCACAUUGCUGUCUUCUUUUUGACGGAUUUCGGGUUUUGCACCUCCCAGUAUUCACCACUCAAUUUAUCUCACUCCAGUAUGUGGGGAUCGUCAAGAAACGCUUCUCAAUCCCAAAAUAAGAAAUUGCAGAAGCAAGAAAGAGAAUGGCUGGGAGUGAGUUUCAGACCAGAGAACUUCAUUCCAGGGCUUGUCAUCGGUUUCAUUCUUGGGUUGUUGUUGGAUUUAUCAACGCCCUUGGAAAAUCCUACCAAGAAGAAGAAUUUCCCACCUGGGAAGGGUCAACGAUUGUCAGUUUCAUCAAGUAACAGUGACCAAGAGCUUAAAAUGGUUUUAGUUGUUAGACAAGAUCUUAAGAUGAAGUCAGGGAAGAUUGCUUCACAGUGUGCUCAUGCUGCUACUGGAAUGUAUGCAGAAUUGAUGCAAAGCAAUCGGUCCCUUGUAAGAAAGUGGGAGCACUGUGGGCAACCUAAAAUAGUUGUAACAUGCAAGAAUCAACAAGAAAUGAAUAAAUUAAAAGAAGCAGCUGAGAGCAUUGGCCUCCCAACUUUUGUUGUUGCUGAUGCUGGAAGAACUCAGGUUUUGGCUGGGUCAAAGACAGUUCUUGCUGUUGGACCUGGACCAAAAGGAGCAGUUGAUUCUGUGACCGGGAAGUUGAACCUGCUCUGAAGCUGUUGAAGAAUCAAUCUCAGAAUUGAAGUUUCUAACCAAUAUGGAUCACUCUGGUCUAAGGAAUGUGCUUACAGCAGCUGACACUAGGCAGAACACUUGCCGGAUGAGAACUUCAUUUUCCCACCCAAUUGAAGAGGUACAGGUAAAGUCCGGUAGCUGAAAAUUGAAGUUGAGGAAUAAGGACGUUAAUUUUUGUUGAAUCUUCAUUCGUUAAAUUCUGUUCUUGUGUUGUAUUUUUGGGAUCUCAAUGUAUUCUUUUGGAAAAGAGAUGAAUUGUGCUGAGUUGAAAAUAUUAGAGAAUGCUCAUGAACUCUCAUUUCCAAAAAGAUGUGUCCUGCAACUAUAUCACCAGCGGUAUAAUAGGUAA